AUGUCGAGCAAUCAAUCAGAUUAUAAUCAGCAGAUCUUUGGCACUGUCACAAAUGCGAUAAGCAUAGGGGCUCUAUUUCUGCAACUUUCGAACUACGUCAACGCGAAAUCCACGCCGGAUCCAGCAAAAGAGUUGUCAAAAAGAGGGGGAGUACUUACGGCGCAAGAAUUGAAAGAUUUUGAGGGGCGGUGCACCCGUUUGGAGGUCAAACUUCAGAAAGAGGAAGAGAGGAUUGGUUCCGCCUCGCAAACAAAAUCCGAGAAGUCUGAGUCUAUAAACAACCUUCGACGCAUUCAUGGAACUAUACGAAGUAAUAAAAAGGACUUGCUGAGUUCCAGUACCAAAGCGAGGGGUAUGAGGAGCGUUUCAUCGAUACAGGUAAACGAAGUCGUUGAGUCAACUACUACAAAUACGUCUAGUGGGAUAUCUAGCGUUUCGCAGAGGGUGCGAGAGAUGUAUUCUUUUCAAGCAAGGACAACGAGUAUAUUACCAACACACAUCGACCCCAGUACACAACCAAUCGGAGGGUCAUCACGGCCGAUUUCGUCUGCCAACGUAGAGAAUGGAUACUACUUUUCUUACAAUCAAGAGGACGGGACAGAACGUCGCGUGCACAGUGAAGAUCUAAAGAGAGACCCUAGUAUCGCUCCAGAGCUUGUCGACGUCAUUAUACGCACUUCAGAGGCACUCCGACAAGGCGCGCCUAUGACAUUAGGACUUCCUCCAAGUGAUACAACCGCGGCCACAAAAAAUCAAAGUAUCCCUGUCUACAAGCUCAAGCUGGACCUUAUCUCUGAGUAA